UGAAAACAUUUUGUAUUUUGUUGAUACGUAAUUUUGAAAGCAUAAUAAAUGAUUAUUAACAAUAGUUAACAUAGUCGAAACAGUGAUAAUGAGACGCAUAUAAAAUAAGAGAAGUAUUAAGAUCAUUCAUUGAUAAGCAAUAUCUUACAUCACUAUUCAUUAGAAUCGUAAGACCGGACAAUGUCGGAAUUUGGUGCUGAACAUCCCAGGAACCUAAUACCUGAACUGUGUAAACAGUUCUAUCAUUUAGGAUGGGUGACAGGCACAGGUGGUGGCAUAUCUAUAAAAGAAGGAGAGAAAAUCUACAUAGCACCAUCUGGUGUACAAAAGGAGAGAAUGAAACCAGAUGAUCUGUUUGUGCAAACUAUUAACAAUGAAGACUUAGAAUUGCCUCCACCGGAGAAAAAUCUCAAGAAGAGUCAAUGCACUCCACUGUUCAUGUUGGCGUACCGAUGUCGCGGCGCGGGCGCAGUCAUUCACACGCACUCGCCGCACGCUGUGCGCUGCACAUUGCUCUAUGAUAAGGAAUUUGUUAUCACACACCAGGAGAUGAUCAAGGGUAUAAAAGAUGCUCAACUAGGCCGCUACCUUCGUUAUGACGAGAAACUAGUAGUUCCUAUAAUAGAAAAUACCCCAUUCGAGCGGGAUCUUGCACAGAGUCUGGGGGAAGCAUUGCAGAAGUACCCCGGGACUAGUGCUGUGCUGGUUCGUAGACAUGGUGUCUACGUGUGGGGGGAUAACUGGCAGCAGGCUAAGACCAUGACGGAAUGCUAUGAUUACUUGUUUGAAAUGGCUGUUGAAAUGAAGAAAUUGGGCCUAGAUCCAGCAUACAAUCCAGAAACUUCUAAUGAAAAUAUGUAA